AUGUCGGCAACUCUUUCAGUGUCGGAUCAGAUCCGACAGCUCGAUGAUGCACGAAAGCUGGUUUUGGGAGAUGUGAAAUACUAUCCUAGUGUCGUCAAAGGAAUACUGCCCAUAAUCGGACCUAGUGCCUCUCUUGAGCUGCGAAGAUGGGGCGCCGAGUUCCUGGCUGAAGCUUUUGCGACGCCAGCUCUGCCAAAUGGAGAAAAGGAGACGAUGCAACCAUAUGUUUUACCAACUUUGGAGUCAAUGCUGGAGAAUGAACGAGAAGAUCCUCAAGUAUUGCGGAGUGUGAUUCAAUGUGUCGCCAGUAUUUACCCCUUGGCGAUGAGAUGGAUCAUUAACAACGGUUACGAUACGAUCACUUGGGAAAGAAUGGUGGCUGUCAAACAAAAGGUCCUCAGGAUAUGGGAUAAUGCCAACCCUACUGUGAGAAUAUGCUGUAUCAAGUUUGCGCAACGUGUGGUUCUGGCACAGACAGCUGCCACAGGUUCUGAGCUAAGAUAUGGCGGUACUCUGGAUGUAUCCUUGGACAAGGUCCCUCCGAAUCACCAGUCCCUCGACCCUAGAAAUUUAGAGGCUGAAGCAUCAGGACUUCUAGACCGAAUGUUGUCAGCCCUGCAGGAGAGCUGCGAUGCUCUGAUCGUAGAUUCGACCCUGAAUUGCAUGUCUAUUCUGAUAAGAACGCGCCCAACAACCUCAAACCGAGUCAUCAAUGCUCUUCUCAACUUCAACCCCCUGAAGCUUGCCAACUCCCCUCUAACACCAAAGACCCGCGUCAUGAUCAGAUCGAUGGAGAAAACAACACGAAUGUUAUUAAUCCACCUUGUGAAACGAGACCCCAACAACCCCAUGGCCUCCAGAAUACAGCAGCAUGUCGAACGCAUGAUGCGUACUAUGGCCGAUAUUUUUGAAAACUCUGGACGGAAACGCCCCCAUGAACCAGUACCACAGGAGGAUUACGAUUCCAAACGACAACGAUUGACUCCGGCACAGAUUCAGAUACCACCGCUAGGCCCAGGUCCACACAGCCUGGCAGAUGUUUUUACUCUCAUUGAUAACACUGCGCUGAGGAAUUUCGAUAUAUCGCAAGUCCCAGCGCCUCUGGUCGCAAGGAUCGCUGUCAUCACAUUGGCUAGACUUGACCCUCAGGUACUCGCCAAGACAGUAGAUGGUGUUCGUGGCCGACUAAAUGCCUUGGCCAGUGCUCCAGCCCCUGAAUUGAACCCCAACACUGCUCCAUUGGGCGUGGAAGAAGACGACGAUGAUUACGAACCCGACUUUUACCAAGCUGAGGACACAGAGCAGAUUCUCAACAAGCUAGAUAGUUCACCGAUGCACGAGGCGCCAGCAUUGGACGAUGGUCUUGCAUUGAGGUCGUUCCACCUCCAUCAGCCUAGUGCUCUGACGCCAGAAGCGGCGUUGACAGCGGGUAACGGAACAGUAACUCGUGUGAUUGAGAUGAUGAAGUCUCUAGAAGAUCCAGCCAAGAAGAGCAAGGCUGGUUUCAGCAGAUUAGCAGCCAGCUCUGGAAACAAGGACUCUUGGAUGACGAUCCUGGCUCGACUAGCAACCCGCUCCGUGGCUGGUUUGGAGGAACCAUCCAUCAAGGAUGAAGAUGGCUCAUCUGCACCCCAAUCCCUCAGUAACAACAUCCGCGAUAUUAUGUAUUCCUACGUAAUGGAGGACUUCCGAAAACACAUUGAUGUGGCGGUGUCUUGGCUUUGCGAGGAGUGGUUCAACGACAAAUUGCAACAAAAGAAGGGCGGUGAUCGAUCUUUGCACUACGAAAAGUGCUGUCUGCGGUUGAUCGAUGGCUUUUUGCCAUAUCUGCACCCCCAAGACAAGGUGUUGACAAGAUUCUUGAGCGAAAUACCCGAGCUGAACAAGAGUGUCUUGUCGCGCGUGAAGCACAUGUGUCGCGACCCUAGCGUUGUCCAGCUGGCUCUGACAAGCCUUCUGUACUUAGUCAUAAUGCGACCACCUGUGAAAGAGAUCGCUCUAGAUACAGUGCAAGAUAUCUGGACUGAGUUUGAGGAAGCAAGACCGAUGGCAGGAAAAUAUCUGGCCAAAUAUCGACCUGCGUUUAUGGAAGCCAGCAAAGAGGCAUCAGGCGAUAACUCGGGACAGCCUGCAUCAACUGCCGCAACCGCCGCACUCGCAGACAACCCCGUUGAACCGUAUACUCCUUCUUCUGAAAAGGAAAAGGCUUUGACGCCUGCCUCUACUGGCUCCGUCAACAGCAUGAAAGGCCGGAGUCCUACCUCUUACAAAACGGCUAUCGCCAGGUCGAGCACAAUCCGAAGCGUCCGUAGUUCUGAGGGCUCCGAGUCCAGCCCUGAAAGUAAAAACAGCACUUUCUCCAGCAGCGUGAACAGUACCACGAGCGCUUUGUCCAACUCCAACUCCGACAACCACCACAAUCACCACCACACACCAACACCCUUCAAAUCCACACCCGAACAUCCAACGACACCCUCGCGCUGGAGUACUGGUGCUGCACGUGUGGUAGAGCCUACACCCGAACCAGACACCACCACCACCAUGUCAGAAGGGGUUGAAGCCGUAGACGGCGGCCAGUGGGACUCGACAAUAGGCAAGGCUGGCCUGGGAAAAACUGGCCGUGUGAUAAACAAACUCGUCAGCGACAAUGAGGCUCUGAAGCGUGAUAUCAAGAUCGAGCGUAUAAAAGCAGAAGAUGCUAAGAGGGACGCCCGGCUGGUCGAAGACAAACUCGAGCGCAUGGUUAGCGAUUAUGAAAGCCGACUACUCGAAGCCAACGUGACAAAAACACUGCUGGCUCGAAAAGAACGCCAGGUUGAAACAUUACAAGCAACCGUUGAACUAGAAAAGAAGAAAGCCACGGAUGCUCUGCUUCGCGAAAAGAAUUGGAGGGAUGAAAUGGAUAAGACCAGCAAAGAUGCCAUCGUUCAAGUCGAGGAAGCAACUAGCUAUGCGCAGUUGAUGGAGGGGCGCUACAACACGAUUUCUUCCCACUGGAACGACCAAGGAGACGAGGUGAAACGAGCGGUUUCCAAGAUGAAGUCUGAAAUAGACAGCCUCAACGAGGAGCGACGAGCAGAUGACGACAAAAUCCAAACACUAAGAGACCUUUGCGAUCAGCAAGACGGCAACAUCAAGCAGCUACGGCACGAGAAGGAGGAGAUUGCGCGCAUGUUUGAAGAAUACAAGAAGACUCAGGAGCAAGACCUCAAGGACAUCAAGACCAACGCUAGAAAGAGAGAGGACGAGCAAGAAGCCUUAAUUCUAGCCUCCAGGGAAACUCUCCACAAACUCAAGUGGGCGCUGAAGGUUAAGGAAAACGUUAAAGGCGCGCAAUGA